AUGAGAUCACAAAAGCAACACGAAGCCAAAUGCCGUGUUCACGUUGACCCACACGUCCAUGAGGACGGCCAUCAACGAUUCAUUCGUUCUAUAAUUUUAUUCUUAUUCUUAUUUUUCUUCUUAACCCUUAAUUUUUUUUAUAUUCUUAUUUUUCUUGGAUUUUCUUCUUCUUAUUCUUAUUUGAUGCAAUUUAUUUUUUGGAAUUAUUAUUAUUCGCAUCUUUUUUUUCAUUCUUUUUUUCUUCUUUUUUCUUGUUCUUAUUUUUUAUUCUUCUUAUUCUUCUUUUUUCUUCUUAUUUAUUUUUAUUUCUUGAGCCCUUGCGUCUCCUUCUUGUUCUCAUUCCCCUUACAUUUUCUCAUUCUUAUUCUUCAUUAUUCUUCACAUUGUUCAUGUAUUUUAUUUCUUCUUCUACACUUUCUUGUUUUUUAUUAUUUCUUUGGUUUCGUCUGCAUACUCAUUUCCUUUUCUUCUCAAUUCACAAAUAGCAUCCUCAUUUUUCUUGUUCACAUCCUUCUGUAUUUUAAGAACAUUUUUUUUUUUUUUUUUUGUCUUCAUUUUUGA